CCUUUUUCACAUAGAAUAUACUUUUGUCUUAGAGUCUCUCCGUCCCAUUCCUCUUUCCAAUUGCAUCCCUUUUACGCUACUCGCUGAGACAAAGCCUCUCCUGUGCCGUCUCUCCGAUCACAACCCCGCCAAAACUCCCAUCCCCCACCAAACUCGACACCGCCAUGGCUCAAGAAGGUAUCUUCAGCGCCAACCUCCUCUCUUCCGAGGUCAAGGCCGCUCUCCCUGAGGGCUACACCCUGCGCGCUUUGCGCAAGUCCGACUUCAACAACGGUUUCCUCGACUGCUUGCGCGUCUUGACCACGGUUGGCGAUAUCACCGAGGCCGACUUCGUUAAGCAGUACGACGACAUGGCCGCUGCUGGCAGCUACUACAUUAUCAUCAUUGAAGACACCUCGCGCAAAGAAAACCCUGUCGUCGGUACUGGUGCUCUGAUCACUGAGCGCAAGUUCAUCCACUCCCUUGGCGCCGUCGGCCACAUCGAGGAUAUCGCUGUCGCAAAGGACCAGCAGGGCAAGAAGCUAGGUCUCCGAAUCAUCCAAGCGCUCGAUUAUGUCGCCGAGCAGGUCGGCUGCUACAAGAGUAUCCUGGAUUGCAGCGAGGCCAACGAAGGUUUCUACGUUAAGUGCGGUUUCCGACGAGCUGGUCUCCAAAUGGCCCACUACUACGAGGGCGAAAAGGGUAAAUCUAAGUGAUUUCUUUACUAGAUACGACAUUACGAAGUGUCUGUUCCCAAUUAUACCCUUAUAUCGUUAUCUAUACCUUGGCGCAAGGCAUAUAGGCUGAUGCGGGUUUUUCGCAUGACACAGGCAGUAAAAUCUAGAGGGAUGUGAUAAACUCGGAUGGUAGAUUUGGCGAUGGAUCAUAGACGGGUUUCCUUGC